UGUCACUGUAAACGCCGAGGUCAAGGGGAACGAAGAAUGGCUGCGUUGUUCAGAGGGUCUCGGAAUUUGUUGCAAAGGUGCAAUAAACAACAUGUCGAUCUGGUUCUGGUGUCUAGUAGGUUGAUGGCCUCUAAGACUCCAGUGGGGUUCAUUGGGCUGGGGAACAUGGGCAGUCCCAUGGCCAAGAACCUGCUGAAGCACGGAUACCCUGUCAUUGCCACCGACGUCUUCCCUGAGUCCUGCAAGGAGCUACAAGACGAGGGGGCACAGAUCCUGGACUCUCCAGCGGAGGUUGCAGAUAAAGCAGAUAGGAUCAUCACCAUGCUCCCCUCCAGUCCCAACGUCAUAGAGGUCUACACUGGACCCAACGGCAUCCUCAAGAAAGUGAAGAAGGGAACGCUGCUCAUCGAUUCCUCUACCAUCGACCCCUCCGUCUCCAAGGAAAUGGCCCUCGCCGCCGAGAAGAUGGGCGCCGUGUUCAUGGACGCUCCCGUGUCAGGAGGUGUGGGAGCAGCCAGCUUGGCUAAGCUAACCUUCAUGGUAGGAGGGGUUGAGGAGGAGUACACUGCAGCCCAGGAACUCCUCACCUGUAUGGGAGCUAACGUAGUGUACUGCGGACAGGUCGGCACAGGACAGGCAGCUAAGAUCUGUAACAACAUGCUGUUAGCGAUUGGGAUGAUCGGGACUGCAGAGACCAUGAACCUCGGAAUCAGGUUGGGUCUGGACCCUAAACUGCUGGCCCAGAUCCUGAACAUGUCAUCAGGCAGGUGCUGGUCCAGUGACUCGUAUAACCCAGUGCCAGGUGUCAUGGAGGGAGUCCCCUCUGGGAACAACUACCAGGGAGGCUUUGGAACCACGCUCAUGGCCAAGGACCUGGGUCUGGCCCAGCACACAGCCACCAACACUAAGACCCCUGUCCCCCUGGGCUCUCUGGCCCAUCAGAUCUACCGGGUCAUGUGUGCCCGCGGCUACGCCAACAAGGACUUCUCCUCUGUGUUCCAGUUCCUACGUGAACAGGAGGAGGAGCCAGAAAAGAAGGGGGACUAGAACCCCUUACCUUAUCCCCCCAGCACACCCCUACUUCCCAYCCGUACACCACACCCACACCCCUGCCUUUACCUGAGGAGAGAAUUGGUUUCAGAGAGGUAUAAGAACUUGAGAUGGAAAUUGUUCUUUACUGCUGAUCUAGGGUCAGGUAUGAUUUCAUCCCCCUAAUGGUUAAGGUUAGGACUGGGGGUAGGUUAGGGCAGCCUCUACUUCCCCUGGCCAGGGAGGGGGCAGGGGGGUACCCGUGGUCUAACACAACGUGUCGAGGGGAUGACGUACGUAGGUUUAAAAGAUGACGUUUGACAGAUCAGAUAAUGUGCAUAAUGUUGUACUUCCUGUUCUUUGUGUCGGGUUGUUUUUCUUGCCGGGAGUUUGUCUGUUACAUGUGUUACAACCCAUGAUCCUGCCUCUUUGUCAGAGAUGAGAAGAAAACCCUGAAACAAGCAGGAAAUAGCAACGCAGCAGCUCCUGCUCCAGGGCUCUGGGGUUUAGACUGGAUCAGAGAUGCAGAUGUAGACUGACCACGUCCCACCUGUUCAGCAGUAGCCUGAAAUAAUGAGAAUAAUAAUGAUGAUGAUGCUAUAGAGCUCAAGACAAUUAGGGAAGGGCAUACCACUGUCUGAAGACUCUCACAUACACACUUGAGCAUUCUACACAUGAUAACCUAUAUUACAGUACUUCAUACCAUAUGGGAUCAGACGUUUACUCAUUUUGUUACCCGUCUUGUUUUGGGGUUGGGGAGGAGGUAGUUGGUGGGUGGGAUUUGGGAGAAGGGGUGUGGUAGGUAGUAGUGGUUCACUGAUGUAAACCUCCCAUUAUUUGUUCCUUCAUUAUCCAUCCAUUUAUUCAUUGUUUUAUUCAGUCACGUGUUUUCAACUUGAGCACAGUACUGUUUGUUCCAUUUUUKGGKGG